AUGUUGAAAAGUGCUAUCAAGAAGAGAAAAACUACUUCAGGUGUGGAACACACACAUGGUAAGGAUGAAAACUUUGAAGCAUUACUGAAGCCAGUUUUUAAAGGUAAGAAAUUAACUGAUGAAAUAAAUACGGCCGAAGAUAAAUGGAACUUGCUACCAGCAUUUCUAAAGGUGAAGGGUUUAGUUAAACAACAUUUGGACUCUUUCAAUUAUUUUGUCGAUGAUGAUCUGAAAAAAAUUAUUCAGGCCAAUCAAUUGAUCCUAUCUGAUGUUGAUCCUGAAUUUUAUCUGAAAUAUGUUGAUAUCAGAAUUGGUAAGAAAUCUUCUUCCUCAGCUAGAGAUUAUUUAACGCCACCUCAUGAAUGUAGAUUAAGAGAUAUGACUUACUCUGCGCCAAUUUAUGUCGAUAUUGAAUAUACUAGAGGUAGAAAUAUUAUUAUGCAUAAGGAUGUUGAGAUAGGUAGAAUGCCUAUUAUGUUGAGAUCCAACAAAUGUAUUCUUUACGAUGCAGAUGAAAAGACUAUGGCCAAAUUAAAUGAAUGCCCAUUGGAUCCAGGUGGUUAUUUUAUUGUAAAUGGUACUGAGAAGGUUAUUCUAGUUCAAGAGCAAUUAUCAAAGAAUCGUAUUAUUGUGGAAGCUGAUUCAAAGAAAGACAUUGUUCAAGCCUCUGUUACCUCGUCUACUCAUGAAAGAAAAUCCAAGACAUAUGUCGUUACUAAGAAUGGGAAAAUCUACUUGAAACAUAAUUCUAUUGCUGAAGAAAUUCCAAUUGUUGUUGUUUUGAAAGCUUGCGGUAUUAUCUCCGAGUUGGAAGUUAUGCAAUUGGUUUGUGGUAAUGAUAGUAGUUAUCAGGAUAUUUUUGCCGUUAAUUUAGAAGAAGCUUCCAAACUUAACAUCUAUACACAACAACAAGCGCUAGAAUAUAUCGGUGCAAAGGUUAAAACGAUGAGAAGACAAAAGUUGUCCACUCUACAAGAAGGUAUCGAGGCUAUCGCUACUACUGUUGUAGCUCAUUUAACCGUCGAAGCUCUAGAUUUUAGAGAAAAGGCCUUAUAUAUGGCUAUGAUGACACGUAGAGUCGUUAUGGCAAUCCAUAAUCCAAAAAUGGUUGAUGACAGAGAUUAUGUAGGUAAUAAACGUUUAGAACUUGCGGGCCAACUGAUCUCUCUAUUAUUUGAAGAUUUGUUUAAGAAAUUUAACAGUGAUUUCAAAGCUAGUAUUGACAAGGUAUUGAAAAAACCGAAUAGAGCAAUGGAGUAUGAUGCAUUAUUGUCCAUUAAUGUCCAUUCAAAUAAUAUAACAAGUGGGCUAAAUAGAGCCAUCUCUACGGGUAACUGGUCUUUAAAGAGAUUUAAAAUGGAAAGAGCUGGUGUCACUCAUGUUUUAUCAAGAUUAUCAUACAUUUCUGCGUUGGGUAUGAUGACAAGAAUUUCAUCUCAAUUCGAAAAAUCUAGAAAGGUGUCGGGUCCAAGAGCUUUACAACCUUCUCAAUUUGGUAUGUUAUGUACAGCAGAUACCCCAGAAGGUGAAGCAUGUGGUCUUGUAAAAAAUUUAGCGUUAAUGACACAUAUCACUACUGACUAUGACGAGGAACCAAUCAAGAAAUUAUGCUAUGUUAUUGGUGUUGAAGAUAUUACUAUGAUUGACAGUUCAUCCCUUCAUAUGAACUAUGGUGUCUACCUCAACGGUACCCUGAUUGGUGUAACAAGAUAUGCUAAUAAAUUUGUUACACAAUUUAGAAACCUGAGAAGAAGUGGGAAGAUCUCAGAAUUUAUUUCGAUUCACACGAACACACAUCAGAAAGCUGUCCAGAUCGCUACUGAUGGUGGUAGAAUUUGUAGACCAUUGAUAAUCGUUAGUGAAGGUAAAUCUCGUGUUACUGCAGAACAUUUAGCUCCAUUGAUGAAUGGUGAACUUGUAUUCGAUGACUUUUUGAAACUUGGUUUGGUUGAAUAUUUAGAUGUUAAUGAGGAAAAUGAUUCUUUUAUUGCACUAUAUGAGAAAGAUAUAACACCUGCAUCUACACAUUUAGAGAUCGAACCAUUCACUGUUCUAGGUGCAGUCGCUGGUUUGAUUCCUUAUCCCCACCAUAACCAAUCCCCACGUAACACAUACCAAUGUGCGAUGGGUAAACAAGCUAUUGGAGCGAUUGCAUACAACCAAUUCAAGAGAAUUGAUACUCUGUUAUAUUUGAUGAUUUAUCCUCAACAACCGAUGGUUAAAACCAAAACUAUUGAACUUAUUGACUAUGAUAAACUUCCUGCAGGCCAAAACGCGACGGUUGCUGUCAUGUCAUAUUCCGGUUAUGAUAUCGAAGAUGCCUUAGUUUUAAAUAAGGCUUCUAUUGAUAGAGGGUUCGGUAGAUGUGAAACCCGUAGAAAGACUACAACUAUUUUAAAAAGAUAUCCAAAUCAUACACAAGAUAUCAUUGGUGGUAUGCGUGUAGACGAAAAAGGUGAACCAAUAUGGCAACAUAAAUCGUUAGGACCUGAUGGUUUAGGUGAAGUUGGUAUGAAAGUCGAGAGUGGCCAGAUAUAUGUGAAUAAAUCUAUCCCAUUAAACUCCACCGAACCAUUUUCUGGUGACGCAAGUUCGCAAUUCAAAGAGACACCAGUUAUAUACAGAGCUCCAGAAGCUUCGCAUAUUGAUCAAGUUAUGAUGUCUGUGUCAGAUAAUGACCAGGCAUUAAUCAAGGUUCUAUUGAGGCAAAACAGAAGACCAGAACUCGGAGAUAAGUUUUCUUCCAGACAUGGUCAGAAGGGUGUUUGUGGUAUCAUCGUUAAACAAGAAGAUUUACCAUUUAAUGAUGAUGGUAUUUCUCCAGAUAUUAUCAUGAAUCCUCACGGUUUUCCAUCUCGUAUGACUGUUGGAAAAAUGAUAGAGUUAAUUUCAGGUAAGGCAGGUGUUUUGAAUGGGUCCCUAGAAUAUGGUACUUGUUUUGGUGGUUCUAAACUGGAGGAUAUGUCUAAAAUUCUUGUAGACCAAGGUUUCAACUACUCUGGGAAGGAUAUGUUGUAUUCUGGUAUUACUGGUGAAUGUCUACAGGCUUAUAUUUUCUUUGGUCCUAUUUAUUAUCAGAAGUUGAAGCAUAUGGUUCUUGACAAAAUGCAUGCUAGAGCAAGGGGCCCUAGAGCUGUCUUGACUCGUCAACCUACCGAAGGUAGAUCAAGAGAUGGUGGUUUGAGAUUAGGUGAAAUGGAAAGAGAUUGUGUUAUUGCGUAUGGUGCUUCUCAAUUAUUACUAGAAAGACUGAUGAUCAGUUCAGAUGCAUUUGAAGUUGAUGUCUGUAAUUCAUGCGGUUUGAUGGGUUACAGUGGCUGGUGCACGACUUGUAAGAGUGCCGAAAAUGUCAUUAAGAUGAGUAUUCCUUAUGCUGCUAAACUACUAUUCCAAGAGUUACUAUCUAUGAAUAUCGCACCAAGAUUAAAAUUAGAUGACAUGUUCCAAGAAUAG